AUGUCAAAUAAUAAUGGAGCAGAUGUCAAAGAGUCGAAUUUUCCAACAGACACCGACUAUUCUCAACUCCAUGAACAAAUUGUUCAAGGAAAUAAUAUUAUCAACAAACAGCAAAUACUGAAAAAUUAUGGUGGUACUCUUCCGUCAAUUUCAAAUCAAAAUUCAUCGAGUAAUUUGGUUGCUUGUAAUACAUUUGAUGGAGAUGAAUAUUAUGAUUAUGAAGGGAGUUUGUUUAAUCAAAAACUCAUUUUAUCGAAAGACUUAAAGUCAUUAGUUGAUAUUCGAUAUAAAACGGAUUAUUUUCCUACUGGUGGUAAGAAUGCGAAUAAACCACAAUCACCUCAUUACGUUCAUUCUGUUGGCGGCAACAAAAAUAUUAUUAUAAAAUUUCCACCUGGCUUCAAACGUCCUGACAAACUUGAAAAUUAUUUCCUUGAAGUAGCUCUUCUAACAGUACCUAGAGAUCGACAAUAUUACAUACACGUCAACAAAUUUCAAUUAAAUAAUACAGAUAAGACAAUUUUGGAUCUGAAUCCAUUCUUGAUUCCUUUCACAGAAGAACAUUUUAACAAAGGACAAAUUGAAGUAAAAUUGGUUAUAGUUAAAACACGUCAUAAUGAUUUAAUCAAUGUAUCAUCAUUACGAUUAUUUAACGAACAGGAACAGUCAAAUUGGACUGCAGAUUGUAAGACUAUUGAAGAUUUAGAACAUGCUUAUAAACUUUCUCAUGCAAUAGUUGCAUUUUCUCUUGGAUUUAUUAAUAAUAAUAAUGAAUUUAUUCGAUUUACAAAAACAACAGUUAUGUCAAAUGAAAUUGUUGAAAGAUCGUCAUCUACGACGACAAAAAAAAACAAAUUAAUUCAGUCUACUGAAGAGUCUCAUCCACAUUAA